UCCAGUUUUCCAUACGCCAAGUUGUGCGCGCCAGCAAACGGUGCUGACGGAUCAAAAAAAAUCAAAAAAAAAGAAAAGAAAAAUAACAUUAACCAAAAAGGGACAACAAAAAAUACAGAAAACUACUCGUAAUAUAGAGCAAAAUUUUUGACUGUACUCGGACCAAUAAAGAAAAGACUUUUUUACUGUGACCAAGCAAGAUGACCAAAGUGGAGCUAUAUAAAUCUCGUGUCUUUGUUACAAUUAUACAUCUGUGUGCAUUGGGACAAUUUGCCUAUGGCUUGUACUACAGCAGCUUCGAGGUACAGCGCAGCUAUAAGCUCAAGACCAGCGUCAGUCGUCGCCUGGUUCCCGAAACAUUUCCCCAGAAGCUGCGACUCCUCAGCUAUUGGUCGCUGAUAAUUCAGGCGCUUUAUUACAUUGUCUCCCUCGUCAAUGAUUUUGUGGGUACAAAUGAAUUGGUGCCAAAACGUCCACCAGCAAUACGCAAGUUCAAGGACUGGCUGAUGUCUACCCUUGCAUUCCCCGUGGCCAUCAAUGUAGGCGUCACCUUCUGGACUUUAUAUGCCAUCGAUCGUGAACUUGUCUUUCCCAAAGUCUUAGACCCCGUCUUCCCCAGUUGGCUGAAUCAUGUUCUGCAUACAAAUAUUGUUGUCUUCAUUGUGCUGGAAAUGUUUACCUCAUAUCGUGCGUACCCCUCGCGCAGCAAUGGCUUGACUGGUUUGGGCAUCUUUAUGGUUAGCUAUCUGGUUUGGAUUCACAUCAUCAAGCACUAUUCUAAUGUCUGGGUCUAUCCGGUGCUGGAAGUCCUGCAGCUGCCACAGCGUAUUGUCUUCUUUGUCGCCGUGCUUGGAUUCACCUUUGCCCUUUAUUUGCUCGGCGAAUUCUUGAACAAUGUGGUGUGGGCCAAGGAGGUGAAGCUGUCGCAACGCAAGUCCAAGUAGGCUGUGUGAAUGUCUUUUAAGUCUGUAGUCAAUAGAAUUGUCUGUGUGUGCUCGGUCUGUUUAACUAGCAACUACUUAAAUCAGCAAAAGAUGUCGCUUAUAAAUAUAUAUUUUACACAACAAUCUAUUUAAAUUAUAUAGUUGAUCUAAUCCUAAAAGAAUGAAAAUUAAAAACAACAAAUUAAUAAUGAAUAGUAAUUGGCUUGAAUAGCAAUAAAUAUACAAAACUUUUGUAGCAUUUCAAUUAGAUUGCACUUGCAAUUUGUCGAACAACGUUUGGUUCUCAAUUAGAUGAGCAUAAUUAACGUUUCAAGUAUUUCAAUUGCAUAAUUCAUAUCAAUCAAAGCACAGCAACAAACACCAACAAAAACCACUGUAAUACCUGUACAUUUCGAUUUUAGAGUCAUUGCAAUUCUACAAUUAUUAUUACAAUUACAAUAAAAAUUAAAAGAAAUCUAACUUAUUAGAAACAAUCGAUUUUAACUUUUCAAAAUGGCGCCAACGGUUAUCACAAUCUAAGCUAAUCGAUUAGCAAUUCCAAUUAGCAAAAUCUUAAAGCAGCUGCAUUUGCAUAUUGUGAGUGGGAGGCUGUGGUUGGUCUGCCACACCCAUUGGUAACUUGUCUCGAAAGCUUCCAAAAUGCAACUCUGCGUUGUCAAUCAGCUGUUGGGCCAUCUUGUUGUGAUCUACGCGCCCAAGCAAAGGGAGUGAGAAGAAUAUUUAAUGAUACUUGCUGUGAAGAAAGUGCGUAUCAAAGGUAAACCAGCUGCCUCAUUACCCCUCGUGCCUCUUCCGCACCGGACAUUGUGUGUGUGUGUUUUGUUUUUAGCAGCCAAGUGUAACUUUUCAACUUCUGUGGAAAAUGAUCUAAUGCUGGCGAGUUCAACGCAUCUGCUGUUGAUGCCCCUGUUGCUUACCUGCUGUUUUACCACCGAAACGCCCUCGUUCUGGGCUAAGGCGUUGUCAUGCUACCUGCUCUAUAAGUCCAGAGGUUAUUUCCCAAACCUGUACUGACCUUUUUUGGACUAUCAUCUUUCUUCAUUGUUUUAAUAUGGUUUCGUUGAAUUAAGCUAUUUUCAGCUUAAACUGCAACUUUUGAAUAUUGUUUGUUGCUUUAGCGAAUGCUUUACUACUCCACACUGUUCUAUUUUUAUACACCUAUUCAGGGGAUAUUAUAAAAAAAUGUAUAUAACUUGUAGUUUCAUACGGGUUCACUUUGAGUUCUAGGGCAAACAAAUACAUACAUACAUACCAUAAAGGGUGAUACUUUUCCUAAAAAUAUAAUUCUGCAUAAUUUUAUAGUUUUUAAUGAAGAUAUUUGAUAAACUUUUUCCUCUAUGACAUUUUGAGUCAUUAGUUUAUAAGUUCCUCUAUGGGACAUUUAAAACCAGGUUAAGCAUAACACAUUUCCACAAUGAUUAAUUUGUUUUGCUUGAUCUUGAGAAUAAUUGAUGUUUUAAUAGUUUGCUUUCGACAAUAACAAACUUCAUUGUAUUUUAUCACCAAGACAUCAUUUAUAGUUGAGAUGAAAUUUAAUUUGUUUAUUUUGCUUGUUAGACAAAUGAAAAUAAACGCAACGGAAUUAGAACUUGUGCUGAUUUGUGAUAUAUCUGUAAUGUAAACAACAUGUAGCUAUAAUUGAGAUUUCCCUCUUGGUUCUAAAAAUACAACAUUUUAGUUGGGGAUGUUUAAAAUAGGAUUUAAAAUCGGUUUAUUAGUUACAAAAAUCUUAAUUGUAAUCAUUUUUUUAGGCACUUUUUUGUAACACAAUUCGUUUCAGUUUUCGUUUUUUGUUUGUGUGAGUUUGCCCAAUAGGGCAACUUAUUU